AUGUCUACUUGGAAGCAUUUGAUACGGUUCCUAGAUGACGAGGGUCAGACCUACCUCGCUUCUCUGCCGGCCCCCCAAACUACCUCCGAGAUAGUUAGCUCAACCGUGACGGGGUAUGCUUCUUUUGCAGAUCUGCUUGAGCAAAACGGUAGGCUUGUCAAGGUCGUCAAGAUUCUCGCCCCACUACCGUUUGAAGGAGACAUCAUCUGCAUUGGGACAAACUACAGGGAACAUGCAAAGGAAGCGAAUCUCCCUGUUCCCUUGGAUCCCGUUAUGUGGUACAAACCGAGAAGGGCUUUGGCCGGACCGGGGAAAGUGCCAAUCCCUCCUAUCGCGGCCAACGGCUUUCUCGACUACGAGGGAGAGCUCUGUAUCGUGCUGUCGCGUGAUGCGCGAGACGUCAAGGUCGAAGAAGCCUCAGACUACAUCCUCGGGUACACCAUUGGCAAUGACUUGACUGCACGAUUUUACCAAGACCCAAAGCGUGGCGGCGGUCAAUUCACUCGAUGCAAAGCCUAUGAUGGGUUUGCGCCUCUGGGACCGAUCCUCACAAACGCCAAGACGUUCGGCGGCGUGGGGGACAAGAAGAUUACCACAAAGGUGAACGGCAGUGUGUUCCAGAAUAGCCUCUGCGACUUGAUACACAGCCCAGAGGCCCUAGAACAACUCUGCCAGCAGGCACGGUGA